AUGGUGUUCGCACAGCUGGGCCUCCUACCCACCGCCUGGCCCCGCCGCACCACGACAACCAUGCUGCACGGGCGAUGGCGCAAGGAUUACAAGGCCAGUGACAUGUCGUCCCUGCACCGGGCCAUGAAGGCCAUGCACUUGAGCCGCUUCGACUCUGCAGCAGCCAUUCGAGUCCUCAAGGGACUGGAGAUCUGCUCCUGGGAGGAUGGUGUGCAUGUUGGCUACCUCACCACGGUGCCAUUUUACAAGCCUGUGGAGCGUUUCCGCCCCCAUGAGGAGACCACCAAUGCUCGGAGGGAUCGGAGGAGUGGACCGGCACGGUGCAAGCUGGUCAGGACAGGGGCAGACGGCAUGGAGGUGGAGCUCAUCUGGGAUGGGGAGUAUCCAGGCAUCAUCCGAGAGGAGUUUACCAUCAGGCCGGAUGGCCGGUUGGAGGUCAAGGGCCGGCUGUCUGUGGAAGGCCGCGACUUGAUAGUCACCCAGGUGUAUGAGCGGUAUCCCUGA